UCGACAUUUCAAAUAUCGACAUUUGUCGGCAAUUUAUGUUUACAACAUUAUCAUCAUUAAAAAAUUUCGAGAGAUAAGUAGUAAUUUCAGGAAUAAAGAUUGAGUAAGCGGAAAAUACGUAUGCAUCUAGUCAAAGUCCGUCCAAUAAAAUUGUAUAAAUAUGGCGUUUGUAAAAUUUUCCCAUUACUACGUCAGCGACUAUCUGAGAGCGUGGGUUUCUUUUAUAUCGAUCUGUGUGACAUUUGAAGGAUUCAUACGAAUUCGUAUGGUUGUUCAUUGAAAUACAGUUUAAAACGUGAUCAAAAAAUGAGAAGAAAUUACGCAUUUAUAGUUUGUACUUUAUGUGUUGUUUUUCUCACGAUUGUACAGUGUUACAAUGUAAAUAAAUAUGCAUUGCUGAUGCCAAAUGUUAGGCCAAAUAAGGAAGAAUUAUAUUUAUGUACUCCAGUUAAAGUUGAUCCUUCUCAGAAUUACUACUUAAUUGGUUUUGAACCAAACGCAACACAGGAAAGUGCUCAUCAUAUAAUUUUAUAUGGCUGUCGUAAACCUGGCAGUUCAAAAUCUAUAUGGAAUUGUGGAGAAAUGGCACACCGUACAAAUGAUAAUGAAGAAACAAUGGUUCCUUGCGCAGAGGAGUCACAGAUAUUGUAUGCUUGGGCUCGGGAUGCGCCAACUCUAAUUCUACCAGAAGGAGUGGGUUUUAAAGUUGGUGGAGAUUCUCCAAUUAAGUAUUUGGUUCUUCAAGUUCAUUAUGCCCACAUUGAUUUAUUUAAAGAUGGCAGAACCGAUGACUCUGGUGUAUUUCUGCAUUAUACGUUAAACCCAUUGAACAAAUUGGCUGGUGUUCUUUUAUUGGGCACAUCCGGUGUUAUACCUCCUAGAAGUACAACGUAUAUGGAAACAGCUUGCACUUUAAAAGAGAAUAAAACUAUCCACCCUUUCGCGUAUAGAACACAUACGCAUUCACUCGGAAAAGUUGUAUCUGGAUAUUUGGUAAAACCAGAUUAUACCUGGAUAGAAUUAGGCAAAAGAGAUCCUUUAACACCUCAAAUGUUUUAUCGUGUGCAUAACGAAGUUUCGGCUGGGCAAGGAGAUCGAAUAGCAGCUCGUUGUACUAUGCGUAGUACGCGCGAUAUUUUCACGUAUAUAGGUAGUACUAAAGCAGACGAAAUGUGUAAUUUCUACCUAAUGUAUUACGUCGAAAACGAUGAACCAUUAUCCAUGAAGUACUGUUUUACCAAUGGUCCUCCUAGUUAUUAUUGGAAAUAUGCUGGUCUCAUGAACAUUCCGAACAGAGAAGCAUCCACUUUAUAAAGUAACGCUACAAACUCUCGGUGUCGAAACUGAUAUAAAUUUGAAACUGUUGAUAACGAAACAGAGUUUAAUGGAUGAAUUUUGUCUAUUUGUUGUAGAAUAGAAUUUGUUUCUUUUAUGUUAGGCACUCUUAUUGUUCCUUUAUAAGGUGUAACAUAUUUUUAUUUAAUUUAAACUUAUUUUUAUUGUAGAUAAUUUCAAUUUAAAGACCUGUACUUAAAUAGCUUUAAUUAUACCGUAAAUGUCACGAAUCCAAAUGGUAUAAUCGUACCAUGUAAAAGUUAACUUUAAACAGGUCGUGUAUCAUAGUAGGCCUACAGAGGAUAUAUUUUACUGUUUCCGCGAUUAAUAAUUCAGUGGUCACGCACAAUUUUUUUGUAUCGUGUAAUUGAUUCUACUUUUUGUACAUCUUAUUGCGCUUUGAUAUCUAAUAUUUCCUUUUUAAACGUGUUUCACGUCGUGUAUUUAAUGUUUUAAUUUCGAUUAUACAUAAAACUGGCCUGUGGUACUUAAACACCAUUCUUUUAUUACUUAUUUGAGACGAGAAAUGACAUAUUUGAAUAGCAUUUUUUUAUUAUUCAUUCCAAUAGUUUAAAAAAUGUUUUUAUUAUUGUAUCAUAUAUGUAUUAUCGAUGGAACGCGCAUUAAUAUAAGAUGGAACAGUGAAUGUUGAAUCGUAUACUGACAUAAGUUACUAUGACUAAUAAUAAUUUAUAAACUGAACAGUAUUUUCAAAGUCCACAUGAGAGAAUAUUUUUAAAUAUAAACGACUGAAAGUAAAGCAUAAUCAUAAUGUACCUCGACGCGAUUUUAUCCUACAUGUAAGCGUAACAAAUACAAAUUAUUUUCGGUGAUGUGCAGAGAAUGUGCAGAAACGUUUCUAUGACUUUAAAAAUAUUAUACUGAUACGUUAAUAAAUUACGCUCAUAUUGGAAAUUA